UGGUUUGACAAAAAAUUCUUUGCAAUAUUGAGCAGAGAUUUCAGCAGUCACUCUGCUAGGGCUGGAGGAUCAAUGUUUUACACAUCUCUCAGACUCUCAGAAUCUAUCAUACAAGCUCUUGGACAUUGGUCUUCAAAAACUUGGACCAUUUACAUUUGA